CUCUGAUUUCCUGUCCCUGCCUUUUCCCGGGCUUAAUCAUGACCUCCUCCCGGUUUCAUUGGCGGUUUCCCGGUCUAACCCCCCUCCCCUAACCUAUCCACCUCUUCUCAAUUCCCAUAUUCAUGGAUCUGAUCUUUUGAGUCUCUUUCAACAACUUCAACCCAUUUCUUUUGCCUGAUCCAAUGACCAUAAAGCUGCAAAAUUUUUCAUUUUCCUAUAUUAUUUCUCUUGAAAACCAAAGCCCAUGUUAGCCCAAGUGAAGGCUUAGUUGAUUCUUUGCUCAAUUCUUCAAGAAUCAGCAGAUGAUAGAUAGAGAUUCUUUAUUUAUUUCUGGAAGUAGGAGGUGGUAGUGGUGGUGCAAUUCACUAGCUGAGGGACUAUGACUUCGGGGACUAGGUUACCAACAUGGAAGGAAAGAGAAAACAACAAGAGGAGAGAAAGGAGAAGGAGAGCAAUAGCAGCAAAGAUCUUUUCUGGACUUAGGAUGUAUGGCAACUACAAGCUUCCUAAGCAUUGUGACAACAACGAGGUCCUCAAAGCCCUCUGCAAUGAGGCUGGUUGGACCGUCGAGCCCGAUGGCACCACCUAUCGUAAGGGGUGCAAGCCUGUGGAGUGCAUGGAUAUUGUGGGUGGUUCUGUGACAGCAAGCCCAUGCUCCUCUUACCACCCAAGCCCUUGUGCUUCCUACAACCCUAGUCCUGCAUCGUCCUCGUUUCCAAGUCCAGCUUCAUCCUCCUAUGCUGCUAAUGCUAAUGCUGAUAGAAAUUCCCUCAUCCCAUGGCUCAAAAACCUCUCAUCUGCAUCCUCAUCAGCUUCAUCCUCCAAGCUUCCAAAUCUCUACAUCCGCAGUGGAUCCAUCAGCGCUCCUGUUACCCCUCCUUUAAGUUCUCCAACUGCCCGAACACCUCGAAUAAAAGCUAACUGGGAUGACCAAUCUGCCCACCCAGGCUGGCGUGGGCAGCACUAUUCCUUCCUGCCAUCUUCUACUCCACCGAGUCCUGGACGGCAGAUUGUUCCUGAUCCUGAAUGGUUUGCUGGAAUUCACAUCCCACAGGGGGGCCCAAAUUCUCCUACAUUCAGCCUUGUUUCCUCCAACCCAUUUGGCUUCAAGGAGGAUGCUUUAGCUGGUGGUGGAGCUCAUGGUGGAUCCCGCAUGUGGACUCCUGGGCAAAGUGGGACCUGUUCUCCUGCCAUUGCUGCUGGCUUUGAUCAUACUGCUGAUGUUCCAAUGUCUGAGGCAGUUUCUGAGUUUGCAUUUGGUAGCAAUGCAGGAGUGGUGAAGCCAUGGGAAGGAGAGAGAAUCCAUGAAGAGUGUGGAUCAGAUGAUUUGGAGCUUACGCUUGGGAGCUCAAGAACCAGGUGAUUUGGCAUGAACAUUUGAUAAAAUGGACAAUGGGUUGCAGAAUGAGAAAUUCCAAUGAUCUCCAUAGGCAAAUAUCAGUUCCAUGUUGUACUUUCAGAAGAAAAAAGUUUACGAAGGAGAGAUCAAGGUGAGCACACAACACCUGCUCUCUUUUUAUGUCCUUUUCUUAUCUGUUCUAAAAUAUAGGUGGUUUUCAAAGUGAAAGGGUAGUUUCACAACCCUUUCAUUAGCCUGUCUGUACUAUCUGGGGAGAGAAUUGAUGGACUUGUAUGGGUGGGCAAUGAAAUUAGUGCUUGAUAACAUGAAUCAAUUGGAGGUAAAUCAAUGGCUAUUGGCUAGGCCUACCUUCUGUCAAAUUGUAAUAGAGUGCAUUUUUUUACGUCUUUGUUUUGUUCUUUGGUGUUAA